UCAGCGGGUUUAACUUGUGCUCCAGUGAUGAAGGUUGUUCUGUUCCUCCUCUCCCUCACGGUGUGUCUGAAGUCUCCCUGUGUCCUGGCGAAGACUUUGGAGUUCUUCAUCGCAGCAGUGGAAACUAAGUGGGAAUAUGUGUUUACAGACACAACAGAUCCUACUGCAAACCAGAGGAAAUUUGCAUCUGGUGUCCAGAAAUACAUCAAGGCUGUAUAUACAGAAUACACUGAUUCUACUUUUACAGCACCAAAGUCAAAACCUCCCUGGGCUGGUAUUCAAGGCCCGACUAUCAGAACAGUGGUGAACGACAGGGUUGUGGUGCACUUCAAAAACUUUGCAUCACAAUCUUUCAGCAUUUCUCCCAUCGGCAUUCAGUACUGGAAACAAUCGGAAGGCGCAGGGUACGAGGACUUCAGCUCUGUUCAGGAGCGAGCGGAUGAUGCAGUGCCUCCUGGUGGUUACUACAAGUACGUGUGGGACAUUUCCCCCAACUCCGGGCCAACCACAUCAGAUCCAGACUGCCUUACCUACAUUUACUCAUCACAGGUGGACAUCAUCCGAGACUUGAACAGCGGACUCGUCGGGACUCUCCUGAUCUGUAAAACAGAGGCUCUGACUGAGGAGAGACAGCGGAAGGUUCCGGAGUUCAUUUUGCUUCUUGCUGUCUUCGAUGAGAGUAAAAGUUGGUACCGGGAAGUUGGCCGAGCAGACAAACUGAAGAAAACAUCAAGUCCAACCCAGUACCACACCAUCAAUGGAUACAUCAACUCAACAUUACCAGGUCUAACUGUGUGCCAGAAGAGUCCAGUAGUGUCCUGGCAUCUUAUUGGUCUUGGCUCGACCCCAGAGAUCCACAGCAUCCAGUUUGAAGGACACACAUUAAAGGUGUUCGACCAUAAGCGGGUAACUGUAGAGAUGACGCCCAUGACCUUCACUACAGCCCUCAUGAAGCCAUCUGCUACCGGAAAGUUUCUGAUCUCUUGCGAGAUCCACUCUCAUCAGACAGCUGGUAUGAAUGCGUUCUUCACUGUUGACAACUGUCCUGAACCUGUGGUGGCCCCAAUCCCAGACAAACGAAACGUCAUACGUGAUGAUGAUGAUGAGGAGGAGGAUGAAGACAACAUGAUCUCCAUUGUGUUCAAGCAAGGAGGCCCUGUAUCAGUGCUUCGAUCGAGCGCCAAGGGAAGACCUAAAGUGUGGGUUCAUUACAUCGCUGCAGAGGAGAUGCACUGGGACUAUUCGUCUCAAAGCGGCGAUCGGACUUCAUCGUCGUCAGCAGCAGGAUCUGAGUGGUUCAGAAAAGGUCCUCAGCGCUUGGGUGGUGUUUAUAAGAAAGUGGCUUUCGUGGAGUACACAGACAAGACCUUCACUAAGAAGAAAAUCACUGGCAAAAUGCUGAUAGGCCCAGCGCUCAGAGGGGAAGUGGGAGACAAAUUUCAGAUUGUUUUUAAAAAUAUGGCCAGUCGACCAUUCAACCUUUAUCCAAAUGGCCUGACCAGUGUUCAGCCUUUGAAGAACACAAACAAGGACAAACCGGUGGACCUUCGUUCUUUGGCCGUUCCCCCUGGUGAGAUAAUGAUGUACCUCUGGAAACUGACAGCUGAAGAUGGACCCACAGAAGCUGACCCACGAUGCCUCACGCGCUUAUACCAGAGUAUGCUGGAUCCCAUCCAGGACGUGGCAUCUGGGCUGGUGGGACCCCUCAUCAUCUGCAAAUCCCAAUCUCUGGACAAAAGAGGCAGAGUGGUAACUUCAGAUAAAGAGAAGAAGCUCUUGUUCACUGUGUUUGAUGAAAACAGAAGCUGGUACUUUGAGGAGAACAUGAAAAAAAACAGUGAAGAUCCAACUAAGAUUGACCGCAAUGAUCCAGAUUUCUACAAUUCUAAUGUCAUGCACACUGUUAAUGGGUUCAUGUUCAACCACCUACAAUUCAGGAUGUGUGUUGGCGAUGUCAUACUCUGGCAUGUGGCAAGCAUUGGCAUGCAAAACAACUUCCUGUCAGUCUACUUCACAGGAAACACGUUUGAGAGGGAUAAAACAUAUGGCACUGUCCUCACACUCUUCCCAAUGACUGGAGACACAGUCACCAGUGAAGUGGAGAUGCUAGGUGAAUGGGAGGUCAGCGCAUUUGACCCGUCUCUGAAACAGCGAGGCAUGAGUGUUCACUACACGGUUGUUAACUGUGAAAGAGUCCUACCUGUGGUGGACAAUGAAGACUACGAUGACGAAUUAAAUGAAUUCAUUGAACAGAAUUUCCCGAUUCCACGAAGCACAAUGGAAAAGGACCGCACUAUCGCUGUUCGCGUGUGCCAAAACAGAACUGUGACAGACUCUGCGAUUGGGCGAGAAAACAUGAGCUCAGACACGGAGAGACAAAACAGAACUCGUGUGUGUGAGAUAAGAUAUAUUCCCAUAAAGCGGGAAAACGAUCUGGAUGUGCUAUCACAGGGCGGUAUUCCACAGGAUAUUUUGGAUCAACUGGACGGGGAGAUGAGUGGAAAUUCCUUGGAACGUCAAAAAAGGUCCCACCAUGAAUCUGAGCCUUACAGAAGAAGGCCAAAUGUGAUUGAUCCUACAGUCAUAUCAAAUACAGCAGAAAACAAGGCAUUAACAGGAAAACAUCAAAAUAUGAACAUUGCAAACAUACAGUUGAAUGAAGAUGACAAUAAAACUCAUCCAACAAAUGACCUAUUUCGAAAAUUACUUUUUAAAGAUAAAAACCUGUUGAACCACCAACUUCUAAACGACUCUACGGAAGAGAAAUCAGAGAAAGUGAGGAAUCGAAGGGAGUUGUGGAGCGUCAGCAAAGACAAAAUAAACAAAGUGGAUGCGAAAGUUAAGAGCAACAAUGAAGUUCUGAAAGACUCUGGAAGUUCUGGUCUAAAGCAGGAUAAUAUGGAGGAAAGUUUGAAUCUUCAUAGCUAUGACUACAAAGAUCCAAAGAAGUUCCAACCAGAUUUGGAAUCAGUUUUGGAGCCAGUGUCAAAUUCAUCAGAUAACCAGACCUAUGGCAGGAAAUCACUGGCAAGUGACUAUGAUGAUUAUGGCGAUGAAGGAAGUGUUCUCGGUUUGGAGCAUCAUGUUGAAGAUAAUGUCGGCAUUAGGUCCACGGAAUCAAGGUUCAGAAGUUACUAUAUCGCAGCAGAGGAAAUCAUGUGGGAUUAUGGGAUCAAUAAACCAGCUCAACUCAUCAAACCAAGGGACAUGCGGAGGGGAAUGAGAAAAUAUUACCCAGCCUAUAAAAAAGUGGUUUUCAGAGCCUAUCAGGACAGAGAUUUCAAGCAUCCAAUCAAACGAGGAGAACUGGACGAGCACCUCGGCAUUAUGGGUCCUGUGUUGAAGGCAGAAAUCAAUGAUGUUCUUACUGUGGUUUUCAAGAACCUGGCAUCCAGACCGUACUCUUUCCACUUGCAUGGGGUGUACGAUAAGACGCAGGGGAGUUUUAGCCCUGGAACGGGCCCAGAAGGCACCAAGGCCGAACAAGUACCAGGUGAUCCAGUUCCUCCAGGGGAGGAGAGGGUUUACAACUGGAGAAUCUCCAGACGACAAGGUCCCUCAGCGUCAGAGUUUGACUGCAAGGCUGGAGCAUACUACUCCGACGUUAACAUGGAGAAGGACAUAAACUCUGGUCUUAUCGGUCCGGUGCUGAUAUGUCGUCCUGGUAUCCUUCGUCCACGCGACUUGCUUCAGCCCGACGUGAUGGAUUUCUUCCUUCUCUUCACCACCUUUGAUGAAAGAAAGAGCUGGUACCUCGACUACAACACCAGGAAGUUUUGCACCCCUCCCUGCCAGGCCAAAGUAGAUGACCCAUGGUUCGAGAUGAGCAACAAGUUUGCGGCUAUUAAUGGCUAUGUGUCAGAGACGCUUCCUGGCCUGAUAGUUGAACAGUACCGGACGGCUCGCUGGCACCUCCUCAACGUUGGGGGUCAAGGCGAGUUUCACGCCAUACACUUCCACGGACUGCCGUUCGGAGUCGGAAAAGAUCAGGAACACCGUAUGGGAGUUUUCAAUCUCUAUCCCGGGGUUUUUGGGACGGUGGAGAUGAGGCCAGCCAUCGUAGGCACCUGGUUAAUAGAGUGCACUAUAGGAGAACAUCAGAUGGCAGGCAUGAGGGCCAAGUUGCUGGUCUACAACCCACGAUGCAUUCAGCCAUUGGGAAUGCAGUCAGGAUGGAUUGACAACAAACAAAUAACAGCCUCUGACCACUCUGGUGUCUGGAAGCCAAGUUUAGCCAGACUUGAGUUAUCUGGCUCUAUUAAUGCCUGGAUGGGCAGCGGCACAGACUCCUGGCUCCAGGUGGAUCUACUGAGGCCCAUGCUUCUUCAUGGCAUUCGGACUCAGGGUGCAAAGACCUCGAUGGGUUUGAGCGAGUAUUUCACUAUCCUGUACACCGUCAGUUACAGCAUUGACCAGGAGAACUGGACUACCUACCGAGGAAACAGUACCAAGCCAUCUUAUACCUUCAAUGGAAACAUGGACGGUUCCAGAAUAAAGGAGAACUUGUUUUCUCCACCCAUUGUGGGUCGCUACAUCCGAAUUCACCCACUGACUUUUCAUAUACAUAAAUAUAUAAAAGCAUGUUUGUUUGUGUGUUUGUCAGGUUGUUCUAUGCCGCUGGGAAUGGAGCGCAGGUUGAUUCCCAGCAGCAGCAUCAGUGCCUCCUCAUUCUUAAACAAGUGGUUACUGUCCUGGAGUCCCGACCUCGCUAGACUCCACCAGGAGGGGCAAGCAAAUGCAUGGAGACCCAAGACUAAUAACCCUCAUGAGUGGUUACAGGUGGACUUUCUCUCUGUGAAGAGAGUGACCGGGGUGGUCACACAGGGGGCUCGAUCUAUCCUGAAACCAAUGAUAGUCACUGAAUUUACCGUCUCUAUUAGCAAUGAUGGUCACAAAUGGUCCAGUGUGAAGGAGCAGGGCACAGACAGUGAAAAGAUCUUUGAGGGAAACAGCGAGCAUGAUGAAGAGGCGCUGAACGUGUUUGAUCCUCCCCUGUUCGCUCGCUUUAUACGGAUUCACCCGAAAGGCUGGGUCAACGAUAUUGCCCUGCGGCUGGAGCUUUUGGGCUGUGACACUCAACCAGCCCUUUGAGAGAAAGUGAGAUCGAUCCAUUGUGGUUGAAAGACUUUGUCUAAACGUCUAAAAACCACACGGCUCUGUUCCAAACUAUACGUUUGCAUCAUAGUAUGUGACUGAUCUGCUAGGCCGGUCUGGUGGUUUUAGAGUGGUUUUGUGCACUUGUCAGCUGGGAGACUGCCUAUGAUGCCUAAAAAUGCUGUCUAGGUAGGCAGCUCACUUUGGCUUUGAACAGAGCCCACAUAAGCACUACAUAGGUUUAUCUCUAGAACAGGUUUUUGUCAUGUGAUAUGAUGAUUUAUGUGUUUUGAAUCUGGUUGGUUGUAUGUUCUAAGUGUUCUGAUCAGUACUCUGCUCAUUUUACUGUCUGCUUUUGAGACAUUAUAAUUAUUAUUAUAGGAAAUAAACAACCAAUAUCUAUUUUUCUAAUAAAUGUACCCUUGCAUAUCAAAACUCACAGAAGAUUGUUUGUUUGGUUAUUAGAUGUUUGUAUAUUCUGGACUGGAAUAACUACGGAAUCCGCCAUAUGAUGUACUUUUGUAUUUUGCACUGUGAAACAGGAGGGAGAUUAUUCUUUUUUUCAAAUAUUUAAUGUUUAAUUGUGGAAAUAAAAAGACUAUGAAAAUGCCUUGAUUUUCCCAGCGUCUUUGUGCUUUGUGUUUCUUUGACAAAUAUUAUUCUUUCACAGACUGUUUUCUUCCCUUUUGGUGUUUUGCCAGUAAAAGUCAGUGAAUCGGUUUUCAACAUCUGGCAUACAGCAUUCUUAUUAUUAUUUAUGACUAUAACAUCUGCUUCUUCAUCAAAACGCGCACAUUUAUGCACACGCACACACAAAGUCUUUAUAAAAUGUGUGAAAUUACUGGCGAUGCAGAUUAAUGAAAUGUGGUUUAUUGUUCACGGUCACAUCACAAUUCUGCAUGCGGAAAGACAAGGAACAGAGAAGCAAACAGACUUGCAGGCGAAGGGUGGGAUGAAGAGGUCCACAGGAAUACGAUAGCAUUUUCAUGUUCUGGCCGAGAUAAAAAUGCAGCGUACUAUCAGUUCCUGUUUGACAGGAAGUGCUCUGG